CCGCUCCGCGGACGCCCGGCCGCUCGCUCCCUCGCCGCCGAGCCGGGCCCCCGGCGGGCGAUGCGCCGGAGCCCACCUCCCCCGGGAGCUGCGCAUUUCCGCGCGCCCGGGCGGCCCCGGCUCCGGCCGGCCCUCGCGGCCGCAGCCCGCGCUCCGCGUCCCCGGGAAGUUGUCUCCGGAGCCCGCGGCGCCUGGGUCUCCUCCCCCUGAGCCCCGCCCCCCAGCCCGGAGCUGGAUCUGCGAGCUGCCGGCCCGGGGGCGUCGCCGCUCGCUCCGCGAAGCCUGCGAGCCUCCGCUGCCCUGCGCGGAGCGCGCGUCCCCCGCCUGGCCGGGGACCCCCCGCGCACCCCGAGACGGCGCGCGCCCAGAGCGCGGGAGCCCGGAGCGCCGGGCGCCUGGGGCCCCGCGGAGCCGCUGCCCAGCCCGCGGGGCUCGGCAGGGAUGCAGGCUGCGCUGUGAGCCCGGGCGCCAAGGCCAUGUCCGGCGCCCGCUGCCGGACCCUGUACCCGUUCUCCGGGGAGCGGCACGGCCAGGGGCUGCGCUUCGCCGCGGGCGAGCUGAUCACGCUGCUGCAGGUCCCGGACGGCGGCUGGUGGGAAGGCGAGAAGGAGGACGGGCUCCGCGGCUGGUUCCCGGCGAGCUACGUGCAGUUGCUGGAGAAGCCUGGAAUGGUUCCCCCUCCUCUCGGAGAGGAAAGCCAGAUUGUUGUCCUUCCACCUGGCUGGCAGAGCUACCUGUCUCCUCAGGGCCGCCGUUACUAUGUCAACACGGCCACCAAUGAGACCACCUGGGAACGUCCGGGCAGUUCUCCUGGGAUUCCAGCCAGCCCUGGCCCUCACAGGAGCUCUCUUCCUCCAACAGUGAAUGGAUACCACGUGGCAGGGACCCCAGCGCACCCUCCCGAGACUGCCCACAUGAGUGUCCGAAAAUCCACCGGUGAUUCCCAGAACCUGGGAUCCUCAUCACCAAGCAAAAAGCACAGCAAGGAAAACACCAUCACGAUAAACUGCGUGACGUUCCCACACCCAGACACGAUGCCAGAGCAGCAGCUAUUGAAACCGACCGAGUGGAGCUAUUGUGACUAUUUCUGGGCUGAUAAGAAGGACCCCCAAGGCAAUGGCACGGUGGCUGGGUUUGAGCUCCUGCUUCAGAAGCAACUGAAGGGCAAGCAGAUGCAGAAGGAGAUGUCAGAAUUCAUCCGGGAGAGGAUAAAGAUCGAAGAGGAAUACGCGAAAAAUCUAGCUAAGCUCUCUCAGAACUCCUUGGCUGCUCAGGAGGAAGGCUCCCUGGGAGAAGCGUGGGCCCAGGUGAAGAAGAGCCUCGCGGAUGAGGCAGAAGUCCAUCUCAAGUUCUCCGCCAAGCUGCAUAGCGAGGUGGAGAAGCCCCUGAUGAACUUCCGAGAAAACUUCAAGAAGGACAUGAAGAAGUGUGACCACCACAUCGCGGACCUCCGCAAGCAGCUGGUCAGCCGCUACGCCGCGGUGGAGAAGGCCCGGAAGGCCCUCACGGAACGGCAGAGAGACCUGGAGAUGAAGACCCAGCAGCUGGAGAUCAAGCUGAGCAACAAGACGGAGGAGGACAUCAAGAAGGCGCGGAGGAAGUCCACGCAGGCUGGAGAUGACCUCAUGCGCUGUGUGGACCUCUACAACCAAGCCCAGUCCAAGUGGUUUGAAGAGAUGGUGACCACCACACUGGAGCUGGAGCGGCUGGAGGUGGAGAGGGUGGAGAUGAUCCGGCAACAUCUGUGUCAAUAUACGCAGCUUCGGCACGAGACAGACAUGUUCAACCAAAGUUCGAGCCCGUGGACCAACUGCUUCGAAAAGUGGACCCGGCCAAAGACAGGGAGCUGUGGGUCAGAGAGCACAAGACGGGCAACAUCCGCCCCGUGGACAUGGAGAUUUAGACGGGCACACACGGCCCCGGGGGUCCUGCGGAGGCGAGGGGCUGGGGGUCCCGUGGAGAGGAGGUGGCCGUGCCCGCCACGGGGCCCGCUGCCGAGUUCAGCUGCCCUCCCACCCCCUGUCUUGGGCCUGGUCCACUGAGCUGGGGCGAUUCCAGAAGGGCGGCCCUGCCGGGAGCUGCCGGUGUGCCCGGGCCAAGAAGACGGAUCCACAGCCCUACCCUUGUCUCCGAGGCCGAAGCCCCCCCCCCCCCGCCCCCCCAACUCCUGCACCGUGCUUGCAGCUCCAAGGACAAACUGAGGCUGGAGCUUUGUGGUCCCUGCUAAGAACCGGAGGGGUCCCCUCCCCACCCAGAACCACCUGUCCUAUACUUAGGCCCCUGGAAGCCCCAGGGCCCUUUGUCUAGCUGGCCCCCUGUGUCCCGGGCUUUGGAGGGUCACGGGAGAAAGGUCCCUGUCUCCAGCCACGUAUCAGGAUCAGAAUCGUGGAUCGAAGGCACCGUUCAGCUCCCAACAGCCCGCACCCAGAAUUCUUUGCAGACCACCCUCUUUAUUGUUUUCCCGUUGCAUUCUGGGAGCCCGCAUCCUGGCUCUUCUUGGCCCCCUUUCCACCGUCUGGGGUCUUGGGAAUAAGGCCUGGCUCCUCUCUACCCAGACUGAUCCUGCCUGGAGAGGUCAGGAUGGAACUACCUCAUUCAGCACAUCAGCCCCAAGUCAGAGUGUUGAGUCGCGUUUCAUAUUAGGUCAGGCAUCUUCUGUAGAGUCUCCGGGCUGGAAACCCCAAUCCAUCCAACCCUCAGCUGCUUCCUCAGGGAAGCUCCCUCCGGCCCCCCUCGCCGCCCCCUUCCCAGGCUCUUCGCUGGGCUGGCUUAGUCCCCUGUGGGAGGGGGGUUGGGAUGGGUCUUUGUCCCCACCCCCCUACCCCCCGCCCCUGCAGAGGGCUCCGCCUGCUAGUGCAUGGUGGGCGUGGGACCCCAUGUGACUUUUCUCUCCCUAGUGGGCACUGCACAGGCAUGGUAGACUCUUAUGGUCACAGCGGGGUGUCCCAUCCUGAGCAUGACGUGGGAAGCAUUCAGCACACCGCUCAUCAGUCCCUCCCUCUCUAGAAACACAGCAAACCCGUUCUCCACCAUGUCAGACCCUGAGAAUCCGCACCAGGGGACCGGAAGACGAAAUGACACCCCUCGCUCCCCUAACGUGAUUACGCGGCCAGCAGGGGGCAGAUUCUAGCCCAGAACCCACGCCCUGAGAACCCACGCCCCGAGAACCCAUCCUUCUUAGCUCAUCUUUCAAACCCUUGAUUACUUUCAACGUGCAGGACCCACAUGCGCCCUACAAGGGCAGGAUCCUAAGAGCACAACUCCCCGGUCCCUCGGUCUUCAUGCUGGGAAUUGAGGACUUACUCAUCUUGAGUCUUUUGGCACCUCUUUCGCUGGGUCAGAAUUAGGUGCUCACAGUUUAGAAUAGAAAGAUGCCCAAUGUCCUAAAGUAAGCCACACUCUGUCACUUGUCCUAUUGAACCAUCUCAACCAAAAAGGUCAGCGCGGAGGAUGGAUCUGUCCCUGGCAGGGAGGACCGCUGCUUCCGGAUCGGGGGUUGGGCAGGGACACCAGCGACCGAUUUUAGGAUAUUAUGUCUUGGUUUCUCUAUGAAAAAUGGGUGUUGGUAGUAAUUGCCUUGUGGCUUUAGUGGACUAAUUUGUGGUUGAUUUUCAAAUGUUCAAAGCCAAUAGCCUUGUUACUAACACAGAUAUUUUGAGUGUGAUACGGCUCAUUGGUUUUUGUUUUCUCCCUCCCUUCUGAGGGUUCCUGAGUCUUCCGGUCCUCCCUGGGACAGGGGGUGGGGGGCUCUCUUGCCUCGUCCCGGGGAGCCCGAGUUGGCCCAGUGUGGGUUUUCUGAAGUCAUUCUUCCCCCUCCCCCCACCCCCACUCCUCAGCUCACUCUCAUUAGCCUCUUCACAUUCUUUUCUUUUUUCUCUAUGCUCCUUCAUUCAUCAAAGAGCUUAGUCAGCAAUGUGCUAAGUUCUGGGGACAAGAGAGGGCAGGGGAAAGACCACCGUCUCUUCUUCUGCGUAGACUUACGUUUUCUCCAGGGUCUCGCAGGUCCUUAACCUUGGCCUUCACAUACAAGCACUCUUUGCAGAGUUGUGGUUUCCAGAGAUACUCUCUGUCAUGCUGGUACAUCUGCAUUCAUUCAUUCGUUCACUGAGCAGACCCUUGGGACGAGCCAGGCAUCGUGCAGGGCACCAGAAAUACAACCACAUGCAAGACACGCGCUCUUCCCCGGUCUCCUCUGUUCUCCAUGUAGACAAGAGGCUCUAAACCUCUCUGGAGAAUGAGAGCAUGGCACCUCUUCCACAUUUAACCGACUCGGAGCCUAACGUGAACAUGUCAUCCUAACAUGAACCACUGCCGUGUAGUAGUUCCCCGCUGGGUGGAAGGUGGUCAGCAACAAGGGUAUAUAAUCACCUGGUCCUCAGCGCAUGCAGCCCGGAUGCAAGUCGGACCACAGAGAUUUCUCUCAUUUCUUUUAAAUAACUCUCCUCACUUGACAGAGAAGAAGAAUGAAGCCCAAGGAUGGCCAGUGAGCCCAGGGAGUGAGGAUCGGGGUCUGUUAACAGGGCUUCCGCCCUGGGUGAACUAAGAUGAGGCUGAAGUCUAGAACAUCCCAAAGUGCCCUUCGGAAUAGCGCUCUAUCCGGUUGUUGCUGUUUUAUUUUAUUCUUGUAAAUUCGGCGUUGAGGUUAUAAGAGUGUACAGCGGGGCUUAUUCAGAGAGUGUCUAGGAUGUUCCUGGGCACAUCUGUUGUUCUCUAAGAACAAGUGAGCCCCUUCUACCUGGCCUUCUACAAGACAUGGAUGCACUUAGUUUUGUCUAUGAAAACCUGAUUUUUUGGGGGGAAAAAAAUCUCUAAGAUAAAUGGUGUUCAAAAUGAGUUGGUUGUCACAGCAACCUCCAGGAACAGCCACUAUUCCUUCCUUCUGUCGUUUUGGAUCAGUAUUGCAAAGCCUUGGCCAACCGGACCACAGGGCCAGCUCCCCGUGGGACCACCUUGGGCCUUCUUUCUACGCGCCCCCCCGCCCCACCCAGCGCCUGUCGGGCCGGGAGGAUUUCUGUACCAGGAGGCGCUUCUCUCUGGGGCUGGUUAAUGACCAAGGCGAACAGAAACAGUGUCCACACUCACAGACCGGGGGGAGAAGGGGGGUGUUUCUCUUCCCUUUGUGAAAACCAAUCAAUUACUAGAUUAGUGGAUGGCUACCUAAGAAUCUUGGCGAAGCCAAAGUCCCUUCUUGGAAACACUAGCCAUAAACUUCAAAGGACAUCAAAGACUUUGGCUUGUUGAAGUGAUUUGACUUCCAGCCGCGAGUGACCUUGAAAGGGAGAGUUUAAACAGGAUUCUGCAGACCCACUGGUGGUUAUGUAGGUAGGGAAAGCACUUCAGGCGUGUUAAGUGGGGUACAGAUCAGCGUAUUCCCCGAAUCCUCCGACCCCUCCCAGACCUACCGCCUUUUUUUUUUUUUUUUUUUUUUUUUAAAGAUUUGUUGAGGUGUUUGACAUACCUACGGGGGUUUAUUGACCUACAGUGAAAUGCACCCUUUUGAAGGAUAGGGUUCUGUGAAUUUUGACAAACCUACAGUCUUAAAACCACCAUCAAAAUCAUCAUCCUAUUUCUAUCACUCCUGAAAAUUCCCUCCAGCUCCUUUAGAGCCGAUCACCCACACCUGCUCCCCAUCCCGCCCCCUGGCGACCGCCGAUGGAUCAUCGGACCCUAUGAUGUUGCCUUUUUCUAGAAUGUCCUAUAAAAGGAGUCACUGAUGUAGCCAUCGAGUACGACUGCUUUCCCAAGGCUUCAUGCUUGGGGUCACCCACGUCGUGUGUGUCCCUAGCUCGUCCCCAUGUCUCGUGGAAUCCCGCUCUGUUGCAUGGGUGAACCACGUGCUUCCUCGCUCAUGAAAUGCGUUGUUUGUCCUGGAGGCUCCUGGCCCAGGGUCCUCAGCUUGUUUGCACGGCCGCUUCCUGUGCCUCCCGAGGCUCCCCCAAAUGCCAGCCUUGCCCACAGUAGUUCUUGGGGCUCACACUUGCCCUUGUGGUUCAUUUCAGGUUUUUGUGCAAAAAAGGGCCGGGGAUUGGGGGAGGGGUGCCUCCCACUUCCGCUGCACCCUGAAGCUUGCACCUCGGCUGGUAGAUCCACACACUCCUGGGGGGGCCCUCGCUUGAGCUCACACAGCCUUUGGCUUCUGAGCAUGAGGGGGCAUGGAAGGCGAACGAAUGAAUUGCAGGUGAAGACGCAGGGGGUGACCUUGGGCUGGCCAUGACCUUUCCCUGGGUCUCUGUUGCUCCAUCUGUAGGCUGCAGGUGUACCUUCUGGUCUCCCCAGGCUCCUCUAGCUACUGCACUCCCUCCGCCCCUUCCCGUUUUUCGGGGUCUGUACCGACACCAUCACGCUUGACCUGGGCCCCAUCAGCGCGGGUUGUGCGUGGUGGUGUCUGAAAUCCUCCUGAGAGGGAUACCCUGGCACUUCUCUUACUUAGACACGAAUGGAGCUAAAAUGAAGAGUUUCCCAAGCUGUUGAGAAUGAGGUAGUUCCUCCUAGGGCCCUGAAGGGAGCACUCAUACGUCAUUACCUUUGGGGGUCUCGCCCCCUGAUCUUUGAUCUCAUGUCCUGAGGUCUAUUUCCAAGGAGCCAGGCAGGCAUGAUGGAGACAGCCUCUUCCCGUGAGCUGCUUGGCAUUGCUGGAGGCUCGCUCAGCUGGUGGUCACACCAAGCCAAGCCUGUGUCUGCAGCCCACUGGGCGGGGGGGGGGGCGGCAGAUGGUGGCAGAGAUGGGACCAAACCCAGCCAGCGCCGGGCAGGCUAGGGCAUGACCCCCAAGGUGAUGACUCCCCCAAGCCGUGUCUCGAUGGUGCCUGCUCGAGGAGCUGUGAACCCUUGGAGGCAACCAGGCAGCCCUCUGAGCAAACGGAAGAUGUUCCUGGGGCCAGGCCAGGGGGCAGGGCAUGGGCCGUGGAGCUCAAGUCUGCAGGAUCCCAUUCUUCUUGGGCGCAUCCGGGUUGUUUUGCCAGGCAGGACUCUUGGCAUCCCGCCCCCACGGGAGUAUGACUUCUGUCUGGCCUUUCCUGAAAGUGGAGGACCCGCUGCGGUUGAGUGGGUCUGGGUGAGAAUAAGGCAGGUGACAGGAAUCAAUGUUUUGUUCUCUAACCUUCUGAUGGCGGGGCGUGGAAAGGAGCCUUUGUUGGGAAGUGUCUCUGAGGGAGCUGGGUUGGUGAUGAGCUUUGGGUCUCUCCCUGUCUGCUGUUCAGGGGACACUGACCCCUUGUGUUGGAGGGACAUUUCUAACAGGAUUGCAGUGGUGGAGGGCAAAGGGUCUGGGCACAUGGGUGCCGUCAUGGGGAUGGAGAGGGAAAGCGUUCGGUGCCAGGGCAGGAGCAGUGGACUGGCCCCACUCCGCCGCCUCGUGUGUCCUGUAACCCGAAGUGAAGUCACAUCCCCUGCCGGGACCUCCGUACUCCCUCGUUUGUCAAGUGAGCGGAGACACAUCCUUUCCAGCAGCAUCACAAGCAGCAAACUGGCUCUUGGGAGCUGUGGCCUCCAGGCAGCCGUGUGGACCCAGGAACAGACAUUCAAAGGGACACCAGCCAUCCCUUGGUGACAGGGGUCCCAAACUUGCAUAUCUUCCCUUCCCUGGGGACGGAGAUCAUGGUGGGGGUGGGGAUGGGGGGGUGGGGUACAGCCCUUUCACAGAUGAGCACAUCAGCAAACCCUAUGACAGUGGGAUUUUCUAACAGAAUAAACUUGCUUAUUUGGUCUGUUUUCUGUAACUUUUGCUAAAUACUUUAUACAUUUUUAAUGUUAAAAAAAAAGCUGUGUCUCCUGCCAGCAUUCUUCAUCCCGGUAUGAAUGUGUUUACGCCGCAUUGUAUAUCCUUCCAUCCUCUGGCUGCCUAGAUCAGUAAAUAAAAUUGAUGUACUAUAAUUUAUAAGUAACACUGUUGAAACUCUGAUCCCUAUGGAGGCUGUAACCUGCCCUUCCCCGCCCCUGUCCCCCCGUAAUAGCAUUUGUGUGUAUUAAUGCUAAAGAAUUAAAUGUUUAAAGGGUUUAAAUUUUGAA